AUGCAAUCUAUUAAUGUUUCGCCUAUUAAAAAAAGAAUCCGAUUUUAUGUUAGGUUUACAGCAGACCAGGUCGCUUGCAUUUGCGACGCGCUCUUUCAGGAAGGAGAUAUCAAACGGCUUUCUCAAUUUCUCUUGUCCAUUCCGCAAGAAGAUCUACAGAAUAAAAGCGAAAGCUUGCUCAAAGCUAGAGCCAUGGUAGCGUUUCAUCGCGGUUGCUAUCAAGAAGUCUAUAAUAUCCUGGAGAACAACAAAUUUGACACAUCGUCACACGAGUUUUUGCAGUGUCUUUGGUACAAGGCUCAUUAUAGCGAGGGCGAAAAGUUACGCGGACGAUCACUGAGUGCUGUUGAUAAGUUUCGCAUCCGGAAAAAGUCCCCCCUGCCUAACACUAUUUCGGACGGUGAGAAAACUAUCUACUUUUUCAAAGAGAAAGUGCGCACAGUGCUAAAGGAGUGCUACGAGCAUAAGAAAUACCCGACGCUGAAGGAAAAACGGGUGAUUGCUACACAGACCAACCUUACGCUACGACAAGUAAGAAACUGGUUCAGGAAUCGACGACAUCGUGACCGUAUCUCAUCAAAUAAAAGGCAAGUAGUAAAAAGCACUAGGAAGUUUAUGAUCUUUUAA